AGUUUCAAAAAGGCAAUAUUUUUUGUAAGAGACAGAACGCACUGCCUCUGCAACGCAAUGCUGCAAGGCAAAUGCAGGGUUCUAUUGGAAAUUCAUGUAGGCUACAUCUUGUGUACCAAAACGCAAUAACACUGUCUAUCUAAUCGAAAUGUCACUGUCUGUCUAAUCGAGGCGUAGAGACCCUACGCUGCCGCCAACUGGGAGGACCAACAAAAAAGGAAGGACGUCGUUACGUAUCAAUGUAGACAUUUGAAUCAUUAUUUCAUCCACCCAAUGGAAUGGUCAUCCGCCCAAUGGCAUGGUCGAGACAACGGGUAGCAACCUAAAAGGACACUAACAUGGCCUUUCCAGGGGAGCAGUAUGUCCUGCGCCUCCGACUCAUUGAAGUAGAAAUCUUCAUCCAAAUCGAGGAUGAAGUUUCCCAGAGGCUCCCGAAUGGCACGUCCUGUCCAUUCCCCGAUAUAGUGGACCUCCUGCAGAGCUGUGCUUUCCACAUGCAGAGACUUUGACAGCUCCAUGGCAUAGGCACAUACCGGGAACAGACAGUAGCCUACAGGAGAACAGCAUCCUUAUCUUUUAGCAGUCUCUCCCUCCCCCAAAAUACUACCCUGUCUCCCAGGCCAGACCCUGUCUCUCAGAGAGCCUCUCCCUGGGGCCAUGCCCAUCCUACUUAAUGCUGACACCUCCUUCAGCUCCAAGCAGGAGCUCCUGGAUCUCCAGAAUGGCCCCAUGGGCCCCUCCCUGGAUACACCCAGCCCCUUGAACUCUCACGAGGAUAGCCCAGUGGACUCAGGCCCCGGCAGCCCUGCUGGAGAAGGCCCUGCUGGCCACCUCAUCCUCACCAGGGCUUCUGCCCCUCUGCCUGGACAGCUUUACGGGGUUGAGGUGCCCACAGAGACCCCCCUGGGCCUCAAAUUCAUCCCCACGGACUCAGAAGGGCUGUGUGGCUGGGGGGCCCUGACACCCCGAGCCAUCCAGACCUUCAACACCCCUCGCUGGGUGCUCUUCUUCCUCUGUGUGGCUUCCUUCCUCCAGGGCAUGAUCAUCAACGGCUUCAUCAACACCGUGGUGACCUCCAUAGAGAGGCGCUUUGACCUGCGUAGCUACCAGGCCGGGCUCAUCGCCAGCUCCUACGACAUCGCUGCCUGUGUGUGCCUGGCCUUCGUCAGUUACUUUGGUGGGACGGGGCACAAGCCUCGUUGGCUGGGCUGGGGGGUGCUAGUCAUGGCGCUAGGCUCUCUGGUGUUCGCCCUGCCUCACUUCACCACUCCCCCAUACCAUGUCAGCAUUCCUGAGCGGACAGGUGUGUGCACAGGAAACCGUACCAGCCCUUGCCAUGAUAGCGAGGGUGGGGGCCUGUCCAGCUACCGCUUUGUCUUCAUGCUGGGCCAGUUCCUGCACGGGGUGGGAGCCACUCCCCUGUACACUCUGGGGGUCACCUACCUGGACGAGAACGUCAAGUCCAGCUAUGCUCCAGUGUACAUUGGGAUCUUCUAUACAGCAGCCAUCGUGGGUCCAGCAGCAGGGUACCUUCUAGGAGGACACUUUCUCAACAUCUAUACAGAGGUUCACGUGACGACGGAGCUGACUCCAGAGAACCCUCUGUGGGUGGGGGCCUGGUGGAUUGGCUUCCUUGCAGGAGGGGCAGCAGCGCUGGUCAUUGCCCUGCCCAUCCUGGGCUACCCACGCCAACUACCAGGCUCUCAGAAGUAUGUCGCCAUGCGUGUGUCUGAGGCCCACCAGCUGAAAGAUGGCAGUCAGGCCAGUGCAUCAGACCCUCAGUUUGGGAAGUCAGUGAAGGACAUGCCUAGGUCAGUGUUGCUCCUGCUGAAGAACCCUCCCUUCCUCUUCCUCUGUCUGGCGGGGGCCACGGAGGCCACCCUCAUCGCUGGCAUGUCCACCUUUGGCCCAAAGUUCCUGGAGUCUCAGUUCAGCUUGAGUGCAUCUGAGGCAGCCACAUGGUUCGGCUACAUGGUGGUGCCCGCGGGCGGAGGUGGCACCUUCCUGGGCGGCUACAUCGUGAAGAAGCUGAACCUACGUUGCCGUGGCAUCAUCCGUUUCUGCAUGGUGUGUGCCCUCGUCAGUCUACUGGCCAUAUUCAUCUUCCUCAUCCACUGUCCCAAUGUCCCUAUGGCCGGGGUGACCGCUCCCUACCCCAGCAACCUGCCACCGGGCCAUCAGUACAACAAGAACUACAAUGAACAGUACUAUGAGCAAGCCAACAACCGCCGCAACAGCUCUUUGUUGGGGGGCAACCUGACAGUGGGGUGUAAUGCAAAUUGCAACUGUUUACGAGAGCUCUAUAACCCAGUCUGUGGAGACGACGGUGUGAUGUAUUACUCCCCAUGCCAUGCAGGAUGCAGCACAAUCAACCACACAGAGAUCUCAACAGGCAGACAGGUGUACUCGGGCUGCAGCUGUGUGGUAGGUGGGAAUGUGACAUCGGGGCACAAGGGCCUGGCACGGGAUGGGAAAUGCACCAGCUCCUGUAGCCACAUGCCAGCCUUCCUCACCUUCCUCUUCAUCAUCAUCUCCUUCACCUUCCUGUGUAGUAUACCAGCCCUCACCGCUACCCUCAGGUGUGUUCCAGACAACCAGAGGUCCUUUGGACUGGGGAUCCAAUGGAUUGUGGUGCGAAGUCUAGGUGGGAUCCCAGGCCCGAUAGCAUUUGGCUCUGUGAUCGACAUCUCAUGCCUGCUGUGGGAGAACCAGUGUGGAGAGCAGGGCUCCUGCCAUCUCUACCAGAACUCUGCCAUGAGCCGCUACACCCUUAUCGCUGGCAUCAUCUACAAGGUUCUCGGCACGCUGUUCUUCCUGCUGGCCAGUGUUCUGUACAAGCCCCCUCCAGAGUCGCCCCAGAGCAGCUGUGAGAGCACCGACCAUGGGCCGGGGGACAGCGGGGGCGAGACGGGGGACCUCCCCAUCAAGGACCUUCCACCAGAGAUCAUCGCCAAUGUACACACCAGGUUAUGAUGACUUCAGACCCCACCCACCCUGCACUACAGUGUGUAUCACCCCACAUCUCACCGCACGUGUAUGUUGGUGUGUGUGGCGUACCACUGCUUCCCUCAUCACUGCCAGCCUAUGCCCGUCUCAUAGACACUCCCAACACAUAGACACAUCACCCCAGGGCAUGUCUCACCUACUGACCCCACGUUCAUCCCAUCGGCCUGCCCUCCACUGCCAGCCCACUGAACUUGGGGUGUGUGUGAUGUGAUGUGAUGAAAGACUAAGGUCACAGAUAGGGUCAGAGGUUAGUCUGAGAAGUAGCUAAGAGGUUUCUCCUGAUGGCUUUUGGGAUUUGAACCAGUCCAAAAUCACAUUUUUAAAUGAAGAUUUUAAAUGUAAAAUGACAUAGAAAGUAUGUUUUUUUGUUUUGUUUCCCAGUCAGGUCUAAAGGAUGUGACAUAGGGGCUGUUUGUAUAGCUUAUGUCAUGCCAUGAGUAUGAAGCAUUCCUUAUGAGUGUUGAAAGAGGCAUUUACACCCGUAAAACAACCCUGUUGUCUCGUCCUAUCACAGAUACAAGUUUUUUUUAAAUCUACACCGAAACAGAAUUGAAAUACAAAGAAAAACAGAAUUUUCAUAUCAUAUAAAAACUAUAGACCAAGAGUAUUUAAAGGCACUUACUGUUAUUAUAACUAUACCUAUUGAAACAAAUAACACACAUAGAUUUUAACAAAUGGAAGAGCACACACCUAUUUAUGACAGCCUUUAGCACAUGUAUGACAUUGAAUGACCUGUAGCAGGCUGCCAUUUAACAGAAGUGAAGACAAAACCCGAGAGGCCGUGAAGAUGAUGAUGCUAUAUCAUCCUGUCCAUGUGUCAUACAACAAGACAAACUGUUUUGUAUGAAGGGGUAAUACCAAGACCCUUUUUCACAACCAGACACAUUGCUGCGCUUUAAAACUAAUCAGCUCUGAUGAACUUAGACAAUUGUAUUAUAUGAGAGUUUUUCUGGCAGUGUAUGCUGGUUGUAAUACAUUGUAGGAACAAUGCACUAAUGGAAUGAGUUGCCGUAAAAACAAGAACAACGUGGCCUCUUAUCCAAACCGCCAAGUGUGCCAAAGUAGCAUUGCCCCAAUCUCUCUUCUGUUUUGUGAUCUAAUUCAUUCAGAUCAUUUAUUUAUGAUGGAAAUUAAAAGCACAGAUUGCUCAUAUAGUCUUUCAAUUUGUUGUUUUUAGCAUGAUUUGAUAUUGUCCAGCCAUAUUUGUAUAAAGAGGCUGUAGUUAAUGAUUUAUACUGAAAAAUGGACCCAUAGAAGUUUACCAUGACAAACAAUCUCCCCUAGAACUACCCUGUUCUAUAGUGUUAAAAUGUGUUAAAAUUGAGUCUUUAUUGUUUAAUGUAACAGUAAUGACACUUUACAACUUGUGUUGGUAAUUUGCAUUUCUCAUGUUUUAAAUGUAUUCAUUUGUUAUGGACCCAAAUGCCUCCAGAUCAGCUCUCCCCCAUUCUCCAAUUGGGGAGAGCGGGGCUUGACCGCCUUUAGAGAGUAUGUGUAACCAUAAACAUUCCUAGUCUUAUUGUUAUGCCUCCUCACUCCCUAGCACUUCGUAAAAUUUGACUUUUGGAUUUUGUUUUGGUACUUUUGUAAAUGAAAUGGAAACGUAUGAAUUUUAUUAAAAUGUUUCUUAAGA